AGGAAGUACGAUCAUGAUUUGUAUCUGGUGCAAAAUAUGAGAAGAAAGCAGCAAAAGGGAUGCCAGCUGCACAGAGGGGAGUACGAUCCAUCCGUUCCCUGUUUCAAAUUUUGGGACAUUCGACCAAUCUGUUGGAUUUCACCUAGAAGAUGCUGUUAACAAGAGUGCAAACUCCAACUUCAUUUACUAAAUAUCCAUCCGCCAACCAAGUUGAAUCUCCGAGGUUGCAGUUAGAGAACGGUCAACAAACAAAUCUGGUCUCGAUACCUAUUAGUAGUACGGAGAACUGGGGAGAAUCCACUAUGGCUGAUGGUAGUCCAAAGACUGAUAUCUCAACAGAUGCGGAUACCGAUGAAAAAAGUCAGAGGUUUGAUAGAGGAAAAUCUAGUGCUCUCGUUGCGGUUUCUGAUUCUAGUGACAGAUCGAAGGGUAAUUUGGAUCAAAAGACUCUUCGUAGACUCGCUCAAAACCGUGAGGCUGCUAGAAAAAGUCGAUUGAGAAAGAAUGCAUAUGUGCAACAGCUGGAAAGUAAUCGUUUGAAGUUGACACAAUUAGAGCUGGAGCUUCAGCGCGCUAGGCAACAGGUUAGACUUGAUCCUUCAUCACUUCACGGAUUGCGGUAUCUUCAUAUCAAGCUCUGGAGAUCAAAGCCAUUCAAUGGGCGGAAAUGUGCCCUGGCAUUUGAUGCAGAAUAUGCACGGUGGUUGGAAGAGCAAAACCGGCAAAUUAAUGAGCUGAAAACGGCUGUAAAUUCCCAUGCAAGCGAUGCAGAACUUCGUAUUAUUGUUGAUGGUGUAGUGGCUCACUAUGAUGAAAUUUUCAGGUUGAAGAGCAAUGCAGCUAAGGCUGAUGUUUUCCAUUUGUUGUCAGGCAUGUGGAAAACACUGGCCGAGCGGUGUUUCUUAUGGCUUGGUGGUUUCCGUUCCUCUGAGCUUCUAAAGCUUCUCGUAAGCCAAUUAGAGCCUUUGACAGAGCAACAGUUGGUCGGGAUCGGCAACUUGCAGCAAUCGUCCCAACAGGCUGAAGAUGCAUUAUCUCAAGGGAUGGAGGCGUUGCAGCAGUCUCUAGCCGAGACAUUGUUGACCGGAUCUUUAGGCUCGUCGGGAUCAUCUUGGAAUGUGGCAAACUACACGGGCCAAAUGGCCAUGGCCAUGGGGAAGCUAGGGACCCUCGAGGGGUUUAAUCACCAGGCUGACAAUCUACGGCAGCAAACUCUACAACAAAUGCACCGGAUAUUGACAACCCGCCAAUCAGCUCGAGCACUGCUUGCGAUACAUGAUUAUUUCUCGAGAUUACGGGCUCUUAGUUCCCUCUGGCUCGCCCGACCACGAGAGUGAAAGUGUCCCGUCGUGUUUAGACUGUUCCAAUGUGUUCAACCGAUACAGGUCGUGCCGGUAACUUGACAACGGAUCUUUUCAGUCUGAAACUUGUGUUCCAGUUUCAGUUAUCCUUGUGAUAUGUUGUAUUGCCUAUCGUGAAUUAUAACCAUCUGUGCAUUUUCCGCGAACUCAAAACUCAAAAUUUUCGUUUACGUCUA